GUCCUCCGCUCGCACGGUCUCUUGGUCCCAUCCAUCCCUUGUUUCCCCGGUCGCCGCGUCGCCGCCGUCCUCCGCCCUCCCGUCUCCGCCGGACGCCACUCGUCAGAUUCGUUUCGUUCGUUUAGGCAUCGCUAGCUGCUGCUCAUUUGCGGUCGUCUGACUGAGGUGUCCUGAAGCUGAGCCGGACCUCCACCUCCGGCACCGGCGAGACAUGGCUGCGGCGGCGAAGGAGGUGGACAUGAAGAAGAUGGAGCUUAUGAAGGAGGUAAGAGCGCACCAAGUGGCGAUCGGCGAGCUCAACAACCUGCCUCCAUCCAGGGCCGCGUACCAGAAGACCUGCAACAUCUUCUUCCGCAAGGACAUCAAAUCUGCCGUGGCGUCCCAACAGAAGCAACUUGAUAUUGCCAAGGCGAAGGUGCAGAAGCUGGAUCAAGCAUGAAGGCUCACCGCAGAACGGCACAAGAAGCUUUUGAAAUUGCAACUUAUGCUACUUCAUUCAUUCACCUCCGUGAAUCCUCUCUGAUCAAGUUUCUUAGAAGUGCUAGACAACUGUGCUACUUAUAUAACUCUCUGUGUAAUAACGGUGUCAUUUUUACAAGCUGGUUGCUAGUUAUGAGCGUGAGACGAAUGAAUCAUUUCUGAAUAUGGAGACUUGAUACGAGGCUGUAGUCAAAAUAGACCCAGGUAGACCCUACUGCCUGCUUGAGUCCUUCUGGACCGAUUAUGCAGCCACAGGAUUAUCCAGGGGCGAGUAGUCUAUGCAUCUAUUUAUGUCCUGCUAUGACCGACGGUUCAUAGGCUUUGCAAAAUUGUCGUGUAUUCAGUUCCUAUGUAUAGCAUGCUACUUAUUUUCUUCUUGUGCUGGCUUCCAGGCAACAAUAAUUAACCUUGUAAUAAAUAUCACUUUGGUUCAUGUCA